GCUAUGUACGUGAUCCGGCGGGGGAGGGGGGGGGUGGUCAAAAGACGAGCGAAAAGGCAAGGACGAGGUCCCGAGCGUGUCGCCAUACAUAGCAUACGUAGUAGGUAGAGACGACGCGAGCCGAGGCAAUGCCACGUUGGAUUGUUGGCGGGGCGGCUUGGGAAGCGUUUCCUCCGUCAUGAACUACUACUAUGCCGACGAUAGUCCGUGUGCACCUUGUCCUGGUCAUCUUCUCUAUAUCCCAUUCGUGCGAUGCUCAUAAACAAACACCAACAUCCGUCCGCAGGGAACAAGGAUGGGCGGGAAAAGGCCGGCGGAAGGGGGUAAAAGGGGGUGAAAGGGGGAGAGGGAAUAUAGGAUGGGGCCGGGUUCUCGCAAUCUCUCCGAGCAUCAUGGCCCGCACGUGUGCGCGCAUGACACGCAUGACAUAUCACUCCUUCGUUUCGCCGUCUUCGCUCAGUCAGAGGGUCGCUCGCUGCUUGAGUAACGUGGAAAGGCGCAGAGGCCUAUUUCGAUGAUUGCUCCGAAAGACAUAUUAAACUAUUGAUUCGCUUUUUUGCCGCCCUCACAGGGUGUCCGAUGCCUUUCGCGCUCACGC